AUGGCUUCAAUCGUGCCGCCGCCGUGGGUGAGGGGAGUGGAACGUGAGAGAAGAGGGAAGAGAGGGAUUGAGAGUUUGAAGGUAAAAGAUGAUAAGGAUGAAGAAAGAAAUGGGGAAGGGUCUAUUUCAUGGAUGAAAGUUCAAAGAAAAGAAAAGCUGAAGAUGAUGAGCCACGUUCUCAUGACUGUCCGUCUAAACAGCAUGCAGAGUGUUGAUCAACCACAACCAGUACAUGGGUUUGAAAAAAUAGUUGUUUGGGGAGACGAAAAAAAGAUCCGUGUUGGAAAAAGCAUGUCCCCAGGUAUCGGAGAGUCAAUCAUAAAUGUGAUCAAGAAAUUCCGCGACAUCUUUGCUUACACUGUAGAGCAAGUCAAGCAAAAACUUAGGCAUCAGGGUGUCGAGAGAGUGAAAGCUGAAAGGGAAGAAGUAGAUAAACUCCUCAAAGCGGGGUUCAUCAGAGAAUGCCAAUAUUCUGAAUGGCUAGCCAAUGUAGUGUUGGUGAAAAAAUCGUCAGAAAAAUGGAGGAUGUGUGUGGAUUUCACCGACCUCAAUAAGGCUUGCCCUAAAGAUGACUACCCUUUACCCUAA